AUGCUAAUAUUUAUGCACAACCUUGAUCUUUUGACACCAACUUUUCGAACUUCAUUUGCGACUGGUUCUGCCGAAGAAGCUUCUUACUCAUCAUUCCAAAGGGAAGUUUCGCCUGUUCGCUCGGCCGUCGAAAGCGUUGCAUACAUAGCAGAUCACUUGAAGAAUGAAGAAGAUGACAAACAGGUGAUAGAAGAUUGGAAAUAUAUAUCAGUGGUAAUGGAUCGAGUGUUCUUAAUAUUGUUCACUUGUGCUUGCGCCCUUGGAACAAUUUUGAUUAUUGCUCGAGCGCCGUCGAUCUACGACACAACGCCACCUUUGGCAUGA